AUGUGCGAUUUUGGAGAAACGACAAGAAGAUUAUUGACCAUUCCACCCAAUUUCGUGCCUUAUAUGGAAAAGCACAGAUUAUACGAAUUUUUUUAUGAGUUAGUGACACAGUUACUGAUCCAGAAACCCGAGGAUCCAAUUGUGUUUAUGAAACAAUGCAUUCGACAUGCCAUACGAAAACGAGAUAUUCCCAGAAUCAUUCUUAUAGCUCCUCCGAACUUCGAUAAACUGACCCUCGCGAAAAUUAUUCAAGAGGAAAUUGGUAAUCGUCCUGUAACUCUAAAAGAUCUUCGUACUUUAUCCUCUGCUGAAAACACGUGCUGUUGCUAUAAUGCUAAUGAGGUUGCAAUGAGAAUAAAAAAAAUGUUAAUGUCGGGAAUACUUCAUGAAUCUGGGUGGACAUUAGUGGAUAUACCAAGAAGCAAGGAGGAAGCACGUGCGAUGCAACGUGUCGGUGUAAUACCCACACAUGUAAUACAAAUCGUACCAUCAAACGUAGAGGAUAAAACUCAAAGUAUAUACUUACUGUAUAAUCAGUAUGAAAUCGAAGCUGGUGUUAAGACAAUUCAAGAGCUAGGCAAAGAUUGCGCAAUAUUAACGAAGAUUAAGAAACAUCAUGGGGCACCAUCGCUCUUUCGCAUCGUUCUCAUAGGUCCUCGGGGAUCAGGUCAUCGCUCUUUAGCAAAGCAUAUAUCUGAGAGAUUUAAUCUCGUUCACGUUGACUUUAAUUAUAUUCUGGAGCGAGCAUGUUCGCAAGAAAUGGCUUUAGGUGAAAUGUUACGAUUAUGCGAGCACAGAUGCGGACAGAAAUUAAAAUCAGAAGCAAGAAUACAAAUUGUCGAGCAAUAUGUACUUGGAUCCGAAUGUCUUAAAAAAGGAUGGAUUUUAACCGAUUACCCUAAAACUAUAGAGGAGUUCAAACUUUUGGAUAUGAUACCUACGCCACCCAAUAGAGUAAUCAUUCUCAAAAUGGAUAUACAAAAAUGUAGAGAGAGACUCUUAAAUCGCCAAUAUAACCAUAUCACCACUGGAAGUGAACAUAAUCUUGCAUCAUGCGAGUCUUUAGGAGUAGAUCCAGACUAUAAAUUAGAUGCUUAUCCCAAAGAUUACAAGGAUGUCGUUGAACAAGAUCUUUGGGAGUACGAAGAGAAUAUAGAAGAUAUAAUGCGAUAUGCGGGGGAAACUGUAUCCGUAAUAGAUGCGACGGAUGAGGAAAAAUGCGUGAGGGAAAAUCUGGAAGCUUGUCUGAUGCGACCAGCACCAUCUGCGAAACCUAGAAUUCCAAAAACACCACCUACAAUCGAUCCAAUGGACGUAGAAUUCGAUCCCGAUGACGAACCCGACCCGAAAAUCUUCGAUGACAUACGCGCACCGGAGCCUAAAUAUUCUUUUAUCUAACAAUC